AACUGCACUUCCCAGCGUUCCUCGCGGUGGCGGCCGUAAAGCGCGGCGGCCGAACGGCCGGUUCCGGCUGAAUGUCAGUACGGGGCUGUGGGCCGGGGAGGAAGGUGGUUGGACGCCUUUCCACCACCUCCGCUUCUACCUUCUCCGCUUGAGCUGCCCCCGCGGGCCCCGGCCGCUCGGCUGCUCGGUCAUGAGACCGUGAAGCGAGCAACGGGGCCGGGUCGCCGACAUGUUUGGCCGCUCGCGGAGCUGGGUGGGCGGGGGCCAUGGCAAGUCCUCCCGCAACAUCCACUCCUUGGACCACCUCAAGUAUCUGUACCACGUUUUGACCAAAAACACCACAGUCACAGAACAGAACCGGAACCUGCUGGUGGAGACCAUCCGUUCCAUCACUGAGAUCCUGAUUUGGGGAGAUCAGAAUGACAGCUCUGUUUUUGACUUCUUCCUGGAGAAGAACAUGUUUGUUUUCUUCUUGAACAUCCUGCGGCAGAGGUCGGGUCGCUACGUGUGUGUGCAGCUGCUACAGACCUUGAACAUCCUCUUUGAGAACAUCAGUCACGAGACCUCGCUCUAUUACCUACUCUCCAAUAACUAUGUCAAUUCUAUCAUCGUCCAUAAAUUUGACUUUUCCGACGAGGAGAUUAUGGCAUAUUAUAUAUCGUUUCUGAAAACGCUUUCGUUAAAACUCAACAACCACACUGUCCAUUUCUUUUACAAUGAGCACACUAAUGACUUUGCCCUGUACACAGAAGCCAUCAAAUUUUUUAAUCAUCCUGAAAGCAUGGUCAGAAUUGCUGUAAGAACUAUAACUUUGAACGUCUACAAAGUGUCAUUGGAUAACCAGCCCAUGCUGCACUACAUCAGAGAUAAAACCGCCGUCCCUUACUUCUCCAACUUGGUUUGGUUCAUCGGGAGCCACGUGAUCGAACUGGACAACUGUGUGCAGACGGAUGAGGAGCACCGGAAUCGAGGGAAGCUGAGUGACCUGGUGGCUGAGCACCUGGACCACCUGCACUACCUGAACGACAUUCUCAUCAUCAACUGCGAGUUCCUCAAUGACGUGCUCACGGACCACCUGCUCAACAGGCUCUUCCUGCCGCUAUAUGUGUACUCGCUGGAGAACCAGGACAAGGGAGGAGAACGCCCGAAAAUCAGCCUGCCGGUGUCACUCUAUCUUCUCUCCCAGGUCUUCUUGAUUAUCCAUCAUGCACCCCUGGUAAACUCCUUAGCGGAGGUCAUUCUGAAUGGUGAUCCGUCUGAGAUGCACGCAAAGACUGAGCAGGACGUCCAGAGAAGUUCCGCCAAGCCCAGCAUUCGGUGUUUCAUAAAACCCACCGAGACACUGGAGCGGUCCCUUGAGAUGAAUAAGCACAAGGGCAAGAGGCGGGUGCAAAAGAGACCCAACUAUAAAAACGUUGGGGAGGAGGAGGACGAGGAGAAGGGGCCUGCCGAGGAUGCCCAAGAAGACGCCGAGAAGGCUGAUGGCACAGAGGGGGCAUCAAAAGGCAUCAAGACAAGUGGGGAGAGUGAAGAGAUCGAGAUGGUGAUCAUGGAGCGCAGCAAGCUCUCAGAAGUGGCCGCCAGCACCUCCAUGCAGGAGCAGAACACCACGGACGAGGAGAAGAGCGCCGCGGCCACUGGCUGCAGUGACAGUGUGCAGUGCAGCAGACCCUUCCUGGACAUGGUGUACCAUGCCUUGGACAGCCCUGAGGAGGACUACCACGCCCUCUUCGUGCUCUGCCUUCUCUAUGCCAUGUCACAUAACAAAGGCAUGGAUCCAGAAAAAUUAGAGAGAAUCCAGCUCCCGGUGCCAAAUGCGGUUGAGAAGACCACCUACAACCAUCUCCUGGCUGAGAGACUCAUCAGAAUAAUGAACAACGCUGCCCAGCCAGAUGGGAGGAUCCGGUUGGCAACACUGGAGCUGAGUUGUCUGCUCUUGAAGCAGCAAGUCCUGACCAGCGGCAACUGCAUCAUCAAGGACGUGCACCUGGCCUGCCUGGAGGGUGCGAGAGAAGAAAGUGUUCACCUGGUACGACAUUUUUAUAAGGGGGAAGAAAUUUUUCUGGACAUGUUUGAAGAUGAGUACAGGAGCAUGACGAUGAAGCCCAUGAACGUGGAGUACCUCAUGAUGGAUGCCUCCAUCCUGCUGCCCCCAACAGGCACGCCGCUGACGGGCAUCGACUUCGUGAAGCGCCUGCCGUGUGGUGACGUGGAGAAGACCCGACGGGCCAUCCGGGUGUUCUUCAUGCUCCGCUCCCUGUCGCUGCAGCUGCGUGGAGAGCCUGAGACCCAGCUGCCGCUCACGCGGGAAGAGGACCUCAUCAAAACCGAUGACGUCCUGGAUCUGAAUAACAGUGACCUGAUCGCGUGCACGGUCAUCACCAAGGAUGGCAGCAUGGUCCAGCGAUUCCUGGCUGUGGAUAUCUACCAGAUGAGUUUGGUGGAGCCUGAUGUGUCCAGGCUUGGCUGGGGAGUGGUCAAGUUCGCAGGCCUUCUGCAGGACAUGCAGGUGACUGGGGUCGAGGAUGACAGCCGUGCCCUGAACAUCACCAUCCACAAGCCGGCAUCCAGCCCCCACUCCAAGCCCUUCCCUAUCCUCCAGGCCACCUUUGUCUUCUCGGACCACAUCCGCUGCAUCAUCGCCAAGCAGCGCCUGGCCAAGGGCCGUAUCCAGGCCAGGCGCAUGAAGAUGCAGAGGAUAGCUGCCCUCCUGGACCUCCCAAUCCAGCCGGCAACCGAAGUCCUGGGGUUUGGACUCGGCUCCACCGCUCCCACCCAGCACCUGCCUUUCCGCUUUUACGACCAGUGCCGCCGGGGCAGCAGUGACCCCACAGUGCAGCGCUCUGUGUUCGCGUCCGUGGACAAGGUGCCAGGUUUUGCUGUGGCCCAGUGCAUAAACCAGCACAGCUCACCACCCCUGUCCUCCCCAUCACCACCAUCCACCAGCGGGACCCCCAGUGGUAGCGGUACCACCAGCCACUGCGACUCAGCAGGCGUCAGCUUGUCGUCCACACCCUCUGUGGCCCAGAGCCCAUCAGAUGACCCCAGGACUCCCGAGCAGCCUCAGCCUCACCUUCCCAACCAGUUGGUGAUCGUCCACGAGACGGAAGCAGACCCCAAAUCCAGCAAGAGCCUGGAGAGGAGCGCAGAUGCAGAAACAGCCACCCUGUCCCCCAGCCUUAUCCCUGCCCCACAGCCCACCAUCUCCCUGCUCUACGAGGACACUGCUGACACGCUGAGUGUAGACUCACUGACCCUCGUCCCUCCCGUCGACCCCCACAGCCUGCACACCCUCACCGCCGUUCCCCCCCCUCCCACUGCCACCCCGGACAAGGAGGCUGCUCUCCUGGAGUCAGCGGAGCCCGGCGAGCACUGA